AUGGAUCCCUUAAGAGCUCAGCAACUGGCAGCAGAACUUGAGGUGGAGAUGAUGGCAGAUAUGUAUAACCGAAUGACUGGAGCCUGCCACAAAAAGUGUGUUCCUCCUCACUAUAAGGAACCAGAACUGUCUAAAGGAGAGAGUGUUUGCCUGGACCGCUGUGUCUCCAAGUAUAUGGAUAUUCAUGAGCGGUUGGGCAAGAAACUCACUGAGCUGUCUAUGCAAGAUGAGGAACUGAUGAAGAAGAUGCAACAGGGAAUGGGGCCUGCACAAUAG